AUGAAGCGGCGCUACAACGAAGUUAACAACCUGCCCACCAACGAGGAUGUUGACGCCACAACCGCUGCUUUGGAGCUGGAGCAUGAGAAGCACACAAAAGUCAAAUUUGUGAACCGGAUUUAUUUUGGCGUGUACGCCAUGGAUACGUGGUACUUCUCACCCUAUCCUGAUGAGUAUGGCAAGAGCCCAGCUUUGUUCGUGUGUGAAUGGUGCCUGAAAUAUAUGCUGCAGCCAACGUCACUGCGUGAUCAUGAUUGCCAACACCGACAACCACCGGGUCGGGAGAUUUACAGAAAGGGCAACGUGUCCGUGUACGAGGUGGAUGGCGCUGAACACAAACUCUACUGCCAGAACCUUUGUCUUUUGGCCAAGGUGUUUCUGGACCACAAGACACUCUACUUUGACGUGUCGACAUUUUUGUUCUACAUCCUCACGGAGGUGGAUGCUGAUGGAGCUCAUUUUGUGGGCUACUUUUCCAAGGAGAAGGUCAGCGUGGACAACAACAACCUGGCCUGCAUCUGCACGCUGCCCCCUUACCAAAAAAAGGGUUAUGGCCGUUUUUUGAUUGAAUUUAGUUAUGCACUCUCACAGGCUGAGGGAAAGAUUGGUUCGCCUGAGAAACCUCUUUCUGAUCUCGGCAAACUAGGCUACCGCAGCUACUGGUCUUGGCUCUUGUUAAAUGCUUUGCGUGGCAAAAAAGGAACCAUCAGCAUGCCGGCGCUCAGCAAGGCCACCGGUAUCGCACCGGACGAUGUUUUCAACACACUUCAAGCGCUCAACUUGACAAAGUACUGGAAGGGGGAGCACGUUGUGUGCAUCACGCCAAAGCUAAUUGACGACCUGCUAGCCACGGGCAAAUUCAAGGGCCCGAAAGUACCGGUCGAUGUGCGAUGUUUGCGUUGGUCCUCGCCUCUUUAA